GGAGAGCCGGGCUGGAAGAGUGUGGAGCGUGGUGGGUCGAGCAGUCAGGGCACUGAGAGUUUUGCGGCCUCUGGAGCUGUUAUGCAAACAAAGCAUAUCAUCGCAGAUAACUAGGAGGCUGCAGAGUUGGAGUUUCUGUCUGUGAACUAUACUCUGAAGAAGUGGAAAGGUACAGCACUCAGCCAGAGAGCCCUGUACUGGAACAUCAUGCUGGAAAAUUGCUGCAGCCUGGCCCCAUUGGCAGGUGAAAACAGGAUGGCAAGUUCACAGUUGUCUCCGAAGCAGGACAUUUCUGAAGAGUCAAAGUCAGCUGACAGGACCUCAGGCAUACUUUGUAGACUGAUUCUUGGAGGACCAGAAGCUGGGACUGCCUGUGAAGAAGCUUUAGAAAAACUAAAAGUUCAACCCUCAGAUGAAGAAGGAACCAGACUAGAAAGUGAUUUCUUAGAGAUAACACAGGAGGAUAAAAAGAAAUCCACAAAGGAUCGAUGUGAUGAGUAUAAGAAACUUGGGGGACAUCCAGAUCUGUCCUCCGGUCUCUCAAAACAUCAGGGAGUUCUGAAGGGACAGAAAUUAUAUCAAUGUGAUGAAUGUGGCAAAGUUUUUAAUUGGAGUUCACACCUCAUUGGGCAUCAGAGAAUCCACACUGGAGAAAAACCAUAUGAGUGUACUGAGUGUGGCAAGACCUUCAGGCAGACCUCUCAGCUCAUUGUCCACCUCAGAAUCCAUACAGGGGAAAAACCUUAUGAAUGCAGUGAUUGCGGAAAGACCUAUCGCCACAGCUCCCAUCUCAUUCAACACCAGAGACUUCAUACUGGGGAGAAACCAUAUAAAUGUAAUGAAUGUGGAAAAGCUUUCAAUGAAAGUUCCAAACUCUUUGACCACCAGAGAACUCAUACUGGGGAAAAACCAUAUGGAUGCAAUGAGUGUGGAGCACUCUUUAGUCGGAGUAAAAGCCUUAUCCGCCAUCAGGUACUUCACACUGGUAAACCUUACAAGUGUGAGGAGUGUGGGAAAGCUUUCUGUUCUAACAGAAAUCUUAUGGACCAUCAGAGAAUCCACACUGGGGAGAAGCCUUAUGAGUGUAAUGAAUGUGGCAAGGCCUUCAGUCGGAGUAAAUGUCUUACUCGACAUCAGAGUCUCCAUACCGGGAAAAAACCAUACAAGUGUAGCAAAUGUGUGAAAGCCUUCAGUCAGAUUUCUCAACUUGCUGACCAUGAGCGAAUUCAUACUGGAGAAAAACCUUUUGAAUGUAAUGAGUGUGGUAAGGCAUUCAGUCUGAGUAAAUGUCUCACUCGACAUCAGCGACUUCACACUGGUGAAAAGCCCUAUAAAUGCAAUGAUUGUGGAAAAUCCUUCAAUCAAAACUCGUACCUCAUUAUUCAUCAGCGAAUUCACACUGGUGAGAAACCUUAUGAAUGUAAUGAGUGUGGAAAGGUCUUCACUCAUAAUUCUAGCCUUAUAGUACAUCAGAGAACCCAUACUGGGGAGAAGCCCUAUAAAUGCAAAGAUUGUGAGAAAGCCUUUCGUGAUAGCUCACAACUCACCGUGCACCAAAGAGUUCAUACUGGAGAGAAGCCCUAUGAAUGUAUCGAGUGUGGGAAAGCCUUUAGUCAGCGUUCUACUUUCAAUCACCACCAGCGAACUCACGCUGGAGAGAAGCACUCAGGUCUGGCUCGAUCUGUUUCUUAAGACAUGAUUCUCUAAGACAGCAAGAAACUUUAGGUUAAGGUUUCUAUAUAAUUAUGUUCAUCCGGAUCUCUACUUGGAACCACCUGUUCCAUGUAUACCAUCCCAGGACUUCCCUGGUGGUCCAGUGGUUAAGGCUCUGAGCUCCCAAAAUGGGGGGCAUGAGUUUUGAUUCCUGGUUUGGGAAUGAAGAUUCCACAUGCCACACAGUGUGGCUACCAUAAGGAAAAAAAAAUAUAGACCAUCUCCAAAUGCUCGCUGCUGGUCACAAAGGUGGAAGAGUUAGAGAAACAGUGGAAUCUUCCUCCUCCUUUUGGGGAAAUAAGGACUACAUGUUUCAUGUGCUUAUAGGUUUCCUUUUCGUUUUUCUUUUUUUGGCUGCAUCAGGCAGCUUGCAGGAUCUUGGUUCCCCAACCAGGGAUAGAACCUGUGCCCUCAGAAAUGAAGGCACAAAGUCCUGGACUAUUUGAACCACUGGAUCUCCUCCAUUUUACCGUUUAUAUAAAGUCAUCCUCUAAGACUGAGUCAUUCUUCCUACCUCUUGAGUAUGGCCCUUUUAAAGCUUGGUUUAAUCUAGACCCUCACCACUUGUGGUCUCUAGGAAGAAAAGCUUUUCUUCCUGUUUGCCAGUCUGUGUCCCUUGAACCUAUAAGAUCCCGGACUUUAUUUUUUUAAAGUGUUUUACUUUGGAAACUCCCAGGUUCCAGGGGAGACCCCAUAUGAACACACGGGUCCAGCCCUCAACUCUGAUUUGAAUGUGGCUGGUCAUAUCUUAAGUAGAAACUCUUGUCUGUUGAAUGUUUUAAUUUGUUAUCUUCUGGUUCUGCUCAUACCCUACCACACUGAGUCUCUGAGGGGACAGGUCCAGCAUUGCUCAUAACUGUGAGCUGACCACCAGCAGCCCCAGUAAGUUCUCAAUAGAAAUGAAUGUUCUCACUUCCUAGGAAAGCACUCAGGCUCUUGGUUGGAGGAAAAGGGGCUACAUUUGAACACUACACCUCAAUUUCUAUUGGCUAUUGCUAGUAUUUUAAAAGUUAACUGAUUUAAAAACAUUUUUACCUGGAUCCAGUUACCUCGUUUAAUUAAUUUGGGUUUGAAGAAUUAUUUAGUUUCAUUUCCUAGCUUUUCUAGGUAUACAAUAAAACAGUAACAGUUAGUGUUCUGUUAAUUUCCAAUCUGUAUGCCACUUAUGUUGAAUAGCAUGAAUAUUUAAAAAAUAAGUUGAACACUGAAUAACAGGCAUAUUCCAUGUCUUGUUCCUAAAUUCCAGAAAGGUUUUUCAGCAUGUCACAGUUGUAUAUGUGGUUCACCCUCAUUGUUUCUGAUAAAUACUGUGUUAAGGAAGUUUUCUUCUAUUCCUGUUUUUAGAAGGAGCAAUAUGUUAUAGUGGUAAAGAGCACAGAUUUUGUGCCUGGAAACCUAGGUUCAAAUCCUGCCUCCAUCACUUUCUUAGAUGUGUAAUCUUGCAUAAGCCACUGGACCACCAGGGAAGUCCCUUUUAAUAAGAACAUAAACUCUAUCAUGAGUGCCCUUCCUUUUGUCUUCCAUGUGUAAAAUGGAGCUACCUCAUAGGGCCUUGAGGAUAAAAUUCAUUUAUAAGUGUAAGGCACUCGAAACAGUACUUGACAUGUAGUGUACACAUACUGUAGGAAGUUAUCAUACUUAAGUUUUUAUUAGGAAUGGGUGCUAAGUUCUAUCAAAAACUUUAAAAAUCUCUUGGUAAAAUUUCAUGGGUCUUAUCCUUUACUCUUUGUAUCGAUUUUGUUGGCAGGUCUCCAAAUAAUUGAAGUUUUCUUGUGUUCCUGGAAUAAAAUCUGUUUUCUCAUGGUGAUUGUAUCUUAUUUUUGAAGUACAGAACUAAAUUCAAUUUGCUGAGCAAAAUUAA